AUGGGCCUCCGAGACAAGCUCAGGCAGAGGGAUGGGAGCGUGAGUCCCCCCGAGCCUUCGGACAGGGGCAACAUUAUCGGACAGAACGGGUACACACCCGAGUUCACCUUUAUUCGCUCCGACACGACCUCGAUGGAAGUCAUCCAUCCCAGCGACGCCAGCAGCCAUCAACGAUCCGCCCCCGCCCCCGCACACCACGACGACGGCAGCCCGCCGGCACAGCUCUCGCCUACCAAGGAGCCCGGCAGCUUGCGCCGCAGCCUCUCCAUCUUCCACACGAGCCGUUCGCGCAGCGCCUCCGUCUCCUCCCAAGCGAGCCAGCACUCCGGCAACAAGGAGGGCAGCGGCAGCCGCCGCCGCCGCCUCUCAGAGCGACUCCACCUGCGCCACCACCAGGGCGUCUCGUCGGACAACGUGCCCGACAACCUGCCGGCGAUUGUGGUGGCCGGCGACAAGGACGUUGUCGAGUCGCAGUGGGAGCAGCGCGCGACGCUGCUGGCCGGGCAGAAUGGGCUGGCGCGCAGCGCGCCCGAGUCGCCGGCGCUCGAGGGCAGCAUGAGGAGCUUGAAUAUCGCGCCGGGCAGCAGCAGCGGGAGUCCACCGGCAGGAGGGCGGAGCAGGUCACGGAGUCACUCGCCGGGGAUGAUUACGCCGCCGAAAGCGGUGUCGUCGAAGAAGAUUGACGAUGAUAUUCAAGAGGCCAUCCGGUUGCACGAGGAGGGUGACCUGCAGCGGUCUACGGCCAUUUUUGGGCGUCUGGCCGAUACACAGGGCGCCAACAAUCCGCUGAGCCAGGUGUUGUUUGGACUUGCCUUGAGGCACGGAUGGGGAUGCACGCCAGACACAGAACGCGCCGUCACCUACCUGUCGGCCGCGGCGUCCAACGCGGCCGCCGUCGAGGAGAUGGCACUCCAGGCGGGCAUGAAGCGCGGCGGUGCGGCCAAGGGCGAGUUGAUCCUGGCCAUCUUCGAGCUCGCCAACUGCUUCCGCCACGGCUGGGGCAUCGCCAAGGAUCCCGUCGCCGCCAAGCAGUAUUACGAAACGGCCGCCAACCUUGGCGACACUGAUGCCAUGAAUGAGGCGGGCUGGUGCUACCUCGAAGGGUUUGGCUGCAAAAAAGACAAGUGCUAUGCAGUGCUCGGUUCUAUCCCGCCGCCCCUCGUGGGCUAUGCGGGAACGCCUCCCCGGUACUACCGCCUCGCAGAAAACGCGGGAAACAAGACACUUGGCAACUCAUGGAUCUGGAAGGAAAAGUACAACCCGGACGAAGGCGGCGGCAAGAAGAAAAAGUAA